UGCUCUAAAAAUGUUGAUUUUCUUCUUCUUCUGCCUGUGGAGUCAAUGAAUGGAAAAAAGGACAGUGCCAUUGCGACACACAUUGUGAUCGGAGGUGGGAUUACAUCCUUAGUAUUAAAGACUUGAAAACGUUUAAUUGACUUAGUUCUGCCAUUGAACUGUGUAAUGUUACUGAUAAAGAAACUCGGCAUGUAUAUUCAAGACUUAAAGCUUGACGUCUCAGGCACGUUCAGAAACAUAUAUAAAAAAACCCUCAUAAACAACGUUGCUUCUGCAUUGUCUUCUGCAUGUGGAUUCAACAAGCAGAAAUACGGACAGCACCAGUCUGCCAUUGCAACCCACAUUGUGGUCGGAGGUGGGAUUACAUCUGUAGUGUUAAGAACUACCAUAGAGAAUGAAUUGAAAAAGUUUAGGGAGUUAAACUCUAUUCCCGUUCCUCACACAUGGGAACUUUGUAUGUAUGUUCAAGACAUGGUGCAGAAUGUCUCAGGCACGUUUUAAACAGGCACUACAGUUCAUCCAAUCAACUUAAGCUCAACUCAAAAUUGUAGUCUCCAGAUAUUCUGCGUGAGAGGUGUUUAGGGAGCAUCCGUGAACUGUAGUGUCUACUGAUAGCCUGCAUAUGAGGCGUUUAGGGGAGGGGCAUAACUCUCUCUAGGUACUGAGAGAUAGGCUUUUUCCGCACAUUUUGAACGGGCACUACACUAGUUUGAACAAAGCCUAAAUGACCAAAUUGCUUGCCACUGUUUCUGCUAUGUACAGUAGGUUACUACUGUAUAUAACUGCCGCUGUAUUGUACACAUACAAUAACAUGUAUAAAUCAUCAAGACUGUUCUGUUCAAAGUGAAUUGCAGAGUGAUGAUUGAGAUUCCUUUGUAAAUAUGAGACGAAAGUGUCCUUGAACACAAUAAAAACUGCAAAUCACAGCUGUUGUGUUGCUGCUGGUGCGUUCUCUAAACGUUUUCAUAUUUUUUGCUUUCAUUGAAGGGUUAGAUGAUCUUCUAAGGGUUGAGAAGAUAAAAAAUAAGCCAUAAAUUUAAGAAUAAGACACAUUUUCGAAGAAGUUGAUGUUUUGAUAAGAGUCCUUGUGAGGUUUUUAAUAGUAGCAUGAGCCCAACCUACAGGUGCAUCUGUCACAAAAGCUACAAAAUUCUUUCAUGCAUUAAUUUAAUGGAUGAGAGGGCCAAUAGUUAAAGUGGUUGGAAGUCAAUGCUCAGCAAAAAGGAUAGAAAAAGAUAAGAUUUACUGUUACAGGAAAGUGGAUAAACAUCCUAGAAAUACUGUCAGAAAUGACCGAAGAAUUUAAUCAACCUCUUGACCCCUCCAUGACUUUGUGUCAGCCAUCACUGUGCAGCGUGAGCAUCACAAAGCUGGUAUUCAAGGUAGCCAUUCAGAAAUUGCCCAUUACCAAGGCCAGUGCACAAAGAUGCAGUUGGUGUUAGUAGCACAAAACCUAGAGCCCUGAGCAAUGGACAGAAGUACGAUGAUCUAAUGAGCUGUCUUCAUGUUUCUCCAGGUGAAAUGAGAGUCUGCAAGGUCCGAUGGGUCGUUUGUAUGGCUUUAUAAGAGCUGAACAAUAUGAGGCCAUUUUAGUGCAUGAUUUCCCCAUAUUCCAAGAUGACGAUGCACACUGCUAGAGAAUUGAAGAGUGGUUUCAUAAGCUCCAAAAUGUCAGUCACCAUCUACCAGUUCUAAACAACACUGACCCUUUGUGGGAGGUAGUGAAGAAAUUAACCCUCGUCGUCUCUCAAAGCACUGGGGGCUUUUUCAUCUUGCAAAAAAAAAAAAAAAAAAAAGUCCAAAAUCAAACUACACACUGCGUAGCCUUGUAGAGCAAAGCUUGAAGGAGGACUAAUACUGUUGUCAAGGAAAAUGACACAAAGGGUGGAAUAAAUGAAUAUCCUGUUUUCAGUAAGAAGUAGAACCAUACAGCCUCUGGUACAUUUUGACUGAUGCAAAUCCUCAAUGCCAUUUUGUGGUAUUUUGGACCAAAAAAUAAAAUUAAAAGUAAAAUGAUCUUGUCUCUAAUUACAUCUUUUGAUCAAAAGCAUUGCUCUCUACUUUGGUGCUAAAAGUGUAAUUAUUUUUUGUAGUUUAUCUUCUUAUCUAUCUAAAUUGAGUUCAGGUCUUUCACUCCAUUUAAUAGACCUUAAAGUUUAUCAUUAUAUUUCAUAGAUAACUUCUUACAAAUUAAAUCAAAAUGUAGGAAAAUAAUGUCAAAUUAGUCCAUUUCAGUGUAUGUCCUUGGGGGUAAAAACACCGCACAUCUGCUAAAAGAUAUUAAAGUGUAUCCUGUGUAAAGAGGUACGUGAUGUUUCUUUAACAGGAAGAAGAAAUAGGGUUUUUUUGUUCAGAGGUUGGAGUAAAAAUAAAUCGAAACACAGGAAAUGUCGGAUGUUGGUGACAGCAUCAUGUAUUUUUGUUUUGUAUGUCCACACCACACCCUUUAAGCAUGGUUGUUAUAUACACGUCUGAUUCUCCCAUAUGAGUUUUUCAACUUUGAAAACUAUUUAGAAGCAUGUAAACGAUACAUACUGUUCCAAAUCGUAUGAUCAGUGUGGUAAAUUCAGCUCUUUUGGUUCAGUAUUGAUAGUCUACCAGCGUGCAAAGUUUAGUGAGUAAUGGUAACUGAGGAUGGGAGGGGGCGGGGAAUGUGAAUGAGGCAAAGCCGCCACACCUGCAUCAUCAAACAACAGCAACAAACCUGCUGCGUUGUGUUCACGAUCACGGACAAGUGCGCACUACUAUCUAAGAUCACCAAUGGGAGUGAGAGCAGCUGCAAGUGUAUUUUGGACUUCUUUCCUGGUGCUGUUUCCUGUGGCAGUGCAACAAUCAUCAAUCCGAUGUGUGACCUACAACCGUACAAUGUGUGCCUUAAAGGGCUCAUCUGUAGAGUUUCCCUGCUCCUAUCCCAAUAAUGUUGAGAUGAUCUGGAUGUCGAGAUGGUCCAGACAAUCAACAGAAUUGCAUUCUGUCUCAAAAACAAACCCCCUGAAACAGAUGCCAGUUUAUUCAUUUCAAAAUAAACAUGGAAACAAUAACUGCACACUGAAACUCGAAGACCUAAAAGAGAGUGACACAUCCGUUUACUUUUUUAAAUACUCUUUUAGAGAUGUUGCAGGGGUCAACAUGACGUGUGAAGGUACCCCUGGUGUGAGACUCCAUGUUUUUGCAUCUCCUGUAAGGAUUCUGCUGGACAAGAUUGUUAGGGGGCAGAAAGUGCCAGUUGCAAAUUGGACAGUGAUGGAGGGUCAGAAGAUAAUGCUGACUUGUGUCCCCACCUGUACUACAAAUCUGAACUCCAACCCAGACUACAUCUGGUACAAGAACAGACUGCAAUUAAAUGGCAGUCGAGUAAACUUGACCUUCCUGUCUUUGGAUCCAAUCAGAAAUGAGGAUAAGGGCAGUUAUGUCUGUGCCAUGAUUGGCUACGAAAACUUUUCCUCAUCUUCUGUCGAUCUCAGAGUCGAAAGAAGUCCCAGAAACACUGUGGUGUCGGCUGACGUUGGAUCAAAAAAGGACAGCGAAGAAAAUCUGACACAUAGCUCUGAUGUUCACAACUCCACAGCCCAAAAACCCAAGAACUGCCAAACACCCAAAGACAAAAGCAUGUUUACCUUCUCUAUAAUGCUUGUAGUGAGUAUUUGCGUUGGGUUGGUUAUUGCAAUAAUGGUGGCUAUACUAGUCCUCAUAAUAAAGAGAAAGAAGAAGAGAAGAACGUGUGUUGGUUCAGUCCCAGAGCCUCCUGACCUCUGCAGUGACUCCUACAUGGCUCUGGAUAUCACCUCCAUGUCGGCUGAAUAUGAUGCACUGGACACAGUGAAUAGCUGCUUGGUUUCUGAUAAAGACAGCACUAUUUAUGAGAACUUACCAAACACCAACCUGGAAACUAUUGAGAUGAGAGAGAGAAAGAUGUUUUAAAGUCGCAUACCACUGGUUUUGCAUGUUUGCCCAUCAAGCACAAACUGUUUAAACUUUAUAUUAGGGAUGUGCAGAGGGCUCAGUAUUUGUAUCUGUAUUUGUUGA